AUGAGAAGGACCGGGAUAAAAUGCAUUCAAUUCCACUUUUACCCCACCGAUCAUAAACAUACCUCUACUGAAAGAAGAAAAGCAACCACUACUCCCCUGCUACCGGCAAUCACCCUAUGCUCGGAAUCAGUCGUCUUCCUCCGACCUCACAAUCGGAGACCACCUUCUUCCGAACAGGUGGAUAGAGGCGAUCAACUUCCCCUAGGUCUCCCACAGAAACUCUAUCGAUCAAUUAUUAUUACAUAUUUGGAGUCUCGCUAUGGUGUUUUGUUCAAAAAGGAAAGGGAUAACAGAGCGUAUAUGGAAGGCUUAUCCCAAGGAAUUCACUCAAAAGCACACGCUGAUGGUGUUGGACUCAAAACUAUUGUACGAGAUAUCAAUUUGCAUUGCUUGGAGACCUGGCAAGGGUUUGUCCAACUCAUUUGCACCCACGCCUAG